CGCGAUUCACACAGUGACUGUCACUCACCGUCAUCGUCAUGUAGCGUUGAUCUCUGUUUUCCUCGUGAGCAGUCAGAACAGUGGAGAAGACAUGGACGUAUUCGGCUGCGGCGGAGUUGGGCUCCGCUCGAGGCAGAAUCCGAAAAGGAAACGGUUCAGGGAAGGACCGGACGAGUGUGUCUCUGCCAAGCGACCUCUGACAGAGGAAACAAUGGCUGCGUUCAUGCACCAGCUGAACCUCAGCACGUCGUGUCCCACAGCUCUGCUCCCUCGCCGCUGAGCGUGGCAGGUCCUCUCAAUAUUACAGCUGUCACCACCUGCCCCUCGACUAAUGCCUGCUGCCCUGACGAGCUCAGAACGAGAGGAGUUUCCUCGUCACAGGUCUCUCCCAGCCACGAGGAGAGUCCACUUCCCCACCAUGCCAGAGUCCUCACUCCUCCGGCUAGUUUUGAGACCUCCACCAGACCCGGCAGACAGCAGCCGCGUGGCUCCCCACUCACUGAGGGUCUGGACCUUGCGUCUCCUGCCUCUCAACACCCAGUUCAUAUCAGUGUCACCCCUGCCACGCCCCCCUCCUCUGAGUCCAGUGGAUCGCUGAGUCAGGAAGACUGUGAGCCGAUGGAGCAGAGUUCGCUCCUCCCGCGGUGGGUGGGGCAGCGGAGGGGCGUGGUCCAAGAGGACCUCUCCUCCGACAGCAGUGACAGCGAGAUGUGAGCUGUCACAGAGCACCUGAGCUCUCACCUUUGACCCCUGCAAGGUCUCCUAGGGUGUGGAUAGCUCCUGAGCUAAAAUCCCUGGCUGCCAGUCAGAGACGUAUGCUCUCAGCACCUGUCCUCGAUGAGAUGUGAGCAGAGUUCCUGGAAACAGACAUCUAUUGACUGGUCUGUCUGUGUGUAUGUGUGUGUCAGAGCAAAGGUGGAGUUGGCAGUGGUUCCCUGGGUCAGCAGAGAGCAGUGUCUUGCCAGAGUUCUUGCAAAGUCUUGGGUAAGAACGAUGAGUUUGUAAUUUAAAGGAGUUGAGGAUUAUCACAGCAAAACCUUGAUUUUUACUUAUACUAUAAUAUAGCCCACAAAUUCUGUCUUUUGUAAUACGACUCCCAACCUUUAAGAUUGUGGAAGUCAUACUUGAUCUGUAGGUGAUUUAUAGUGAGACUUGUGUGUUAUGCUGCAGGAAGCUGGCGCAUCUAGCAGUGAAGAGGGGGAGGAGGAGGAGGGGAGAGGGAGGAAGGAUUGGGACAGCUCAAUGUUCUCUGACUGAAACGUCAUUCUCACAACUCAUGUUCACCUCUCACCUGCUGCUUAUAGAUAAUCCCUCUCAGCUGAAGAACAUUAUCUUCUUCAAUCCUCUGUGGAUUUCUGUAUAAUAUAACGUGUUCGACAGGCAGCUGGCUGGGCGCUGUUUCAGACCAGUGAUAACUU